AUGGCUCCUCCUAAUAAAUCAACAGCAACCCCGGCAGUCGCCUCAUUGCCUGCUGAUAUCUACACAAAUGAACAAAUCCAUUCACGCUCGAAGGCCCCUUGGCGCGCGCAUUUUCUGCGUCGCUUACCUUGGGAUGGAUUCCUCGCCCUCGUCGUCGGUAUUGGCUGUGCCAUCGCCAUGAUCAUCAUUAUCCUCAAGUCAAACAACGACCUGGUCGAAAACUGGCGCGUGGCUCCAGGCGUGUAUCUCGCAAUUGCCUCAGUCGUUGCAAACGUCGUGCUACGCUACACCUUCAAUAGGGGUGUCGAGAUUUCGUGGUGGGUCGCGGCUCUACAGGAGGAUAAAACAACCACCGUGGCAGACCUUCAUCACAUCUGGUCGUUCGGUACCAGCUUAAGGUCAGCGCUCCUGGCUGGACGCGGGUUUAAUCUUGUCGCCCUCGCCGCUAUUCUUUUGGCCCUCAUGCCCGCCAACGCACCCCUUGUGCAACGAGCAUCACGCACCGUCAGCCGCCCUACAACACGCGAUAUCACCGUCCCAGUCGUGGCAGCUCCAUUUCUCAACGCAACAUGGGGCGCAACCGGUAUGAUCACGGGCCGUAUCUACCAGGUCAACUACAUUACGCCGUCCUUCGCGCCCGUGCUACAGGACCACCUGCUGUCGACACCAAUCUGGCUAGAGAACUCGCCAUGUCGAGGAACCACGUGUCGUGGUAUCCUACAAGCAGCCGGCUACAAGAUGUCGUGCGUGAACGGGAGUGAAUUCUUCGAUAAGUCCCCCCGGCUGCCAGACGAGAUCGCAGAAGAUGGGAACUCGGCAUUUAACGAAAGCGUCGUCUUCAGCACGGGUUUCAGCUACAUGGUCUAUGGAAGAGUGCAGGAGUGGAGAGGCGGAGAGUCAAUCAUGAAUCUGACCGCCAAAUUCAAGGAACACGGCCAAUGCAAAGGCAACGUUGCAGUUCGGAACUGUACCAUGGCGCCGGCGACGCUCGCAUACCACGUUGUCAUCGCCAACGGUACCAUCGCGCUCGACAGAAGCUAUACGUAUAAAGAUGAUAUGCUGGUGAGGUACGCUACAAUCAGCGACAUACAGGUACAUGGCGGUAUCUUUCUUGCGCUGCAGAGCAUGUUCUCAGCCAAAGUGACGCUGCGCUUCGCGGGCGGCGUGGGCUACGACAUGACAACUACAGGCAUCACGGCCCUACGCUAUAGCCGGCGAGCCGAGACUGAUGCUGAGACUCGAUGUCAGAAUAAGUGGCUUGAUCCGACCCAUGAUAUUCUCAUGACGGCGCGGGAGCUCAUGUUUAGGCUCGCGUUGCAGGGCAAUAACACGGACGUAGCACCGCAGUCAGUCCGCGUCACGCAGAGAGGAACCGAGGUUGUUUAUACAUCUGACUUCCUCUUUCUGGGUCUGGCACUACUUCUCAUUGGUCUUGCCGCCAUUUCCGUCGUCCCGCUCUUGAUGUACUGGUGGCGCCUCGGACGGGACGUUUCGUUGUCACCUAUUGAGAUUGCGAGAGCGUUCAGCGCACCGGAGCUAAUGGACUUGGGAUCAAAUUUGGAUGCAAGUCGGUUGAUAAAAGAUAUCGACACCAAAGAGGUUCGGUACGGUGUUGUCUCUUAUGAAAGUGCGGAUGGGAACCGGGAGCAAACUACAUCGGAACUUGCUUUUGCCCGCCCUAGUGUAGUUCAAGCUCCGCAGAGAGGGGAACAGUAUUGA